GUAACAGUCAUCUAUUAAAGGAAGCUUGGAGAUCACAGCAGACAGUGUUUUUUGGGCAACAACACACAAAGAAGUGAAAUGAAGCCUAUCUGCUAUAGAGGAAAAAAAAUAGGUUGGAUAUGAUCCAGGAUCUUUCUCUCUGUCAGGAGAAACCGAAGCAUGAGUCAGUCUCAAGAGUCACGACACAGGACACGCUGACUUGCACCAGAAACUGAAAGAGUUAAAAAGUGGGAGGAUGCAAAAUCGCUUCAAGUCUUUGGUGUUUGUGCAACAGAGGAUCUGUCCGAGGGAUUUCACCUGCAGGAUGCCACACACGAGCGGACUAACUCAGAUAGAGUUCAGUGCUUUUUAGGAUCUGCCUGCAUCCUCCUGUCCUGGAACAUCGUGAUCUGAUUCCUUUUUACUGCAGUGCUGCUGCUGCUGCAGUCAGCUUGUUGAGUGCAUCUGGGCUGAGGAGCGAAGACUGAGUUGGGAACUCCUCCAAAACGUAGGACGUAGGACACAGAAGUCAGCCUUCAGGGGUCACACUGGUUCUCAGUGUGAUCCUGGGAGUGAGUGGUGCGCUGCAGCUGUAAAAUGAGUCUGAAAAGCGGCCACACUCUGACCGUCAGUGGACAGGACUUGGUCAAGAAUGGCAGCGGGGGCAGCCAAACGGCCUGGGAAGAUGCUGGGACAGUUUUAAAGCCCUCCACUCCCAACAGGAAACCAAAAUCACCCAAGCCGGAGAACGCCAUCACCAUCGCCGUGUCCUCCCGCGUUCUCUUCACCAUGGAGAAGGAGCAGCAGAUUUUCGAGCAGCAGGGCAUGGAGGAGUACAUCAGGUAUCAGGUGGCCCACGAAACGGAGCCGUUCAGCCCCGGACCGGCCUUCUCUUUUGUCAAGGCUCUGGAAGCUGUCAACACACAACUGAGGGAGCUCUAUCCCGAGAGCGAGGAGCUCUUUGAUGUCGUUCUCAUCACCAACAACCAUGCCUACGUUGGCCUCAGACUCAUCAAUACCAUCAACCAUCACCAACUGUUCAUCGAGCGCUUCUGCAUGACUGGAGGAAACAGUCCCAUAGGAUACCUGAAGGCGUACCACACCAACCUGUACCUGUCUGCUGACCCGGUCAAGGUCCGCGAGGCUCUGGAGGAAGGCAUAGCCGCGGCCACCAUGUUCACCCCGGACAGGAUGACCGAGGUGUCAGAGACCCAGCUGCGCGUGGCCUUCGACGGCGACGCCGUCCUCUUCUCGGACGAGUCCGAGCAGAUUUACAAGGCGCACGGCCUGGACAAGUUCUUUGAGCACGAGAAAGCGCAUGAGAACAAGCCUCUGGACCAUGGACCACUGAAGGGCUUCCUGGAGGUUUUAGGAAAGCUGCAGAAGAAGUUUUAUGCCAAAGGCCAGCGCAUGGCCUGCCCCGUCAGGACCUACCUGGUGACAGCUCGCAGUGCCGCCAGCUCGGGAGCCCGCGCCCUGAAAACCCUGCGCUCCUGGGGUCUGGAGAUAGACGAGGCUCUUUUUCUGGCGGGGGCGCCCAAGGGCCCGAUGCUGGAGAAGAUCCGGCCGCACAUUUUCUUUGACGACCAGAUGUUUCACGUGGAAGGCGCCGCAGAAAUGGGGACGGUGGCGUGCCACGUGCCCUAUGGGGUUUCCCAGAGAGUUGCAAGGAAGGGAGCAAAAGAUAAGGAAUCCUUUUCAGCCGUCAAGUAGCCGAGACAUCUGUGUGCAGAGAAACAGGAGGCUGACAGGACAGUAAUACCGGUGUAUCACGUGAUAUCAUAACUGUGUGAGAACAAAAGGGUUGAAAAUGCUCAGAAACCCACCUCAAGCCAUGAUAGAUAUUUCAACAUUGCAUUAACCAAAAAUGUUUAUUUUCCCAGGACCUGUUUUUUUAAAAUACCUGUUCUACCUUCUCUAAAUCAAAGACAUUUUUGGACACAUUUAAUUGAAUCAGUACAAAAGGAGCACUGCAAGCCAUCCUAUAGAACCACGUGUCUUUUUCUUAUGAUCUACUAAUGUUUGAUCAUGAGCGUUGUGGUGAUUUCUGUGUGGACGCCAUUUGGCAGACAUCUCCAGUCCUUUGGAAACAGGAGCCCCAUUAAAAACACAGGACUUUGUAUCAGAGGUGUAAAAGUCCACCGAUGAUAAGUAUCUAUUUAGGCACAAUGAGGAUAAAUGUAAAACUACUAUUUUUCUAAAUGCCAAUUUUAUUCAGAUUUAUGGGCUCGUGCAAUUCUACUGAAUGAGUGAAACUGGUGCCUUCCCCCCCACAGUUCUUCUCUUCUCGUUGGUUCUUUAUCGCUUGUUGCAUGUUGUUGUCAGGGUGCAUUGUGCAAGUCACUGGUUGAUAAAAGUAUGUGAAUGUAACUUGAAAUAUCAAAUAAGAUGUAAUGAAAAUGUACCUUACGUUUCCUAAAGUUCGAGCAUAUUCUGCGAAUUCUGGUAUUCAUGAUGCAAUUUUAAAUAUAUCUGCUGCUCGGCCGUAAAUGGUUGAGUGCCCUCUUUCCCACCUGUGAUUUCCUCUCUGUCUAAUUUUGUCAUGUAGUGUCGUCAGUGUUUCUGCACUUACUCUUCUUUCUUUAUGACUGGUUUUGCUGUCCGAUGUGAAAUCUGUCUGAACACAUUAUUCUGAAUAAAAAACUGAAAAUAUUUAGAUUGUGUUGUUCUUUUUGUGGAGCUGCAUUCAACAAAAAUGUCACUUUUUUAAAUAAAAAAACGAGAAAAGUACAA